AUCACAAUUCAUUUCCAUAAACCAAAAAUUCACUACCCAAAGGAAGGAAAAAAAAAAACAUCCAAACCUAUAAAUAAAUAAACUUCCCACGUCAUCACAACCAUAUCUCUCUCUCUCACAUCUUAUCUUCAAAAGAGCAAUGCUCUUACGCGGCGCAAUCUCACGGCCUCUGACCUCCUCCGCCGCCGUCCGCCUCCCAACCACCGCUCCUGCAGCCGCACUCCCCCAAAACGUUGCCGUCUCAUCCUCCCAACCUUCUUCCGUAACCUUCUCGAUCUCCGAGAAGGACCUCGAGUCACGCGGCUUCGUCCUCCGGCGGACCGCCGAGGAUCUCGACCUCGACCAGCUGAACUCGGUCUUCUUGGCGGUCGGAUUCCCCCGGCGCGACCCGGCCAAGAUUCGGAUCGCGCUGGAGAACACCGACGCCAUGCUCUGGAUCGAGCACGCGAAGACGAAGAAGGCCGUGGCCUUCGCCAGGGCCACCGGCGACGGCGUCUUCAACGCCAUAAUCUGGGACGUCGUCGUCGAUCCGUCGUACCAGGGGAUCGGGCUCGGGAAGGCCGUCAUGGAGAGGCUCAUCCAGGAGCUCCAAGAGAAAGGGAUUUCCAACAUCGCGCUCUACUCCGAGCCCAGAGUUCUAGGGUUUUACAGGCCCUUGGGGUUCGUCGCCGAUCCCGAUGGCAUCCGAGGCAUGGUUUACUCCAGAAAAAACAAGAAGAAGAAAUGAAACUCUUUCUUUUUUCAAUUUUAUUUAUUUUGUAUUUGUUGGAGAUGAUUCGUUGUGAAAUUGUUCAAAGGAUUUGUUUUUUCUCAA